UCCAUUAUUUUCACAUGAAUGUGAUAUUUUUCAAGUAAGAUAAAAAGUUGUGUGAGAUUUUUUUAAAUUAUUAUUUUACAAUCAUUGGUGUCUUGUACAAAAAAAUAACAUAAAAUCAUACAUUUCAAUUUGCAUCAAAGUUCCAAAGGUCCUAGAAAGAAAGUUAGAGACAUCGGUCCAAAAUAAUCUUGAGUAUACACACUGGAAGAAGAGAUGUAUUACAUAUUUAUUUACACCACAAAAUUCACACAUAUUUUCAAUAUCCAAAUUAAAACGUUCAAAAGGGUAAAUUUGUGUUAUAUUUUAAAAUAUACUUCUCUAACUUUAUUAUUUCUAAAUAAUUUAUUUGUUUAUUGUCCAGACUUUUCCCCUCCAAAUAAUACUUUCAAAAUUAGAUGACCAAAAUACUGCUGAACAUGGCACAUAACUCCUUCCUAAUAUAUCUGUUACUGCUGUGUUGUAUUUGUAUUUGGUCUCCGUGACCCAGUCGGUCAUUUCCGUGACUGACGUCAUCACGCACAGCCCCGCCCCUUCUCUUCGGAGAAGAAGCAUCGCCAUUUUCAGUGAAUGAGUUUCAUUUCACAUCGCAACUGUAGGACGGAGAACCUCAGGAACGUUUUCAACCUGUUUCUCUUUUAAACUGUUAGUGGGGAAUUGACUACUAUGAACUGAAUCUCUUCCUAAAGCCAAUCAACAAGUAGAUCAAAGUCAAGUAACGCAUAAGACAGUUGAUUUUUUGCACUGAAUGUAUUACGUUAGAGGAAAUGGCUGUGGAAAGCAUGACUGUCCAUCCAAACUCCCCAACAGCCAACCACGAACACAACAGCCUUCUCACUGACGAAAGGCAAGAAGAUGGGGAACUGGAGGAAGGUGAGCUAGAGGAUGAUGGUGGGGAGGCAGAGGUGCCCAAAGGUGAGGGACCUGAGCACCAGGAUAAGCCUCGCCGCAGCAAGGAGCACCAUGCCAGUGAUUCGGAUGAUGAAAAGUUGCAUAGGCGCAGGAGGAAGAGAAAGAGGGAAAGAGAGCGAGAAAAAGAGAAAAGGAGAGCCAAGAAAAAGCGCAAAUCAAAGCACAAGCGCCAUGCGUCCUCCAGUGAUGACCACUCAGACUUCAGUGAUGAGUCAGAUUACAGUCCCAGUGAAAAGAGGAAGUACAGGGAAUACAGUCCUCAAUAUCCUCCAACUUCUCAAGGUGGUUACCCUCCUGCUCCUUCUGGUCAUGGAGGCCCCAUGCCAAAGAAAGGCAGCUAUAUGAAGAUGGAUAAACAGGGCUAUGGUGGCUAUGAUGACUUUGAUGAGGACAACUAUGAAGGUGAAGUAGAUGAGGAGAUGGGUGAGGAGGACUAUGAUGACUUCGCCAAGGAACUGAACCAGUACCGCAAGGCCAAAGAGGUUGGAGGCGGUCCACGUGGUAGAGGUGGUAAAAGCCGCAUGAAGAACCAGCGAGGCCGUGGCAGAGGAGGAAUGAGGAGACGGGGUGGGAGAGGAGGAGGCAGAGGAAGAGGACGGGGAAAAAUGGGAGGAGACAAUGAUGAUGGUGAUGGCAUGUAUGGAGAAGACAUGGAGUAUGGAGAUGAUGACUAUGACAACAUGGGAGAUGAUGACUAUGAUGACUACUCAAAAGAAAUGAACCAGUACAGGAAAUCAAAGGACAGAGGGCGUGGUGGAAAAGGUGGGCGAGGUCGUGGGAGGGGCAAAGGAGGUCGAGGCAUGAACCGUGGCCGUGGGAGAAAUCGAGGGAGGGGACGUGGAGGAGAUCAAUGUCCUGAUGAAGACAACAGUGGAGAUAUGGACAUGGGGGAUGGAACUGGAGCCCCAAGGAGGAACGAGCCAGAGAAACAUGGGCCAGACAAAAAGGGCAAAGCUAUCUGUAAAUACUAUAUUGAAGGCCGCUGUACAUGGGGUGACCACUGUAACUUCAGCCAUGACAUUGAGCUGCCUAAGAAGAAAGAACUCUGCAAAUUUUACAUCACUGGCUUCUGUGCACGAGCGGAAAACUGUCCUUACAUGCAUGGUGAUUUCCCUUGCAAGCUGUUCCACACCACAGGAAACUGUGUGAACGGUGAGGAGUGCAUGUUCUCCCAUGACUCACUAACAGAAGAUACUCAAGAGCUGCUAGAUAAGAUGUUGGCGGAGGAUGCAGAAGCUGGUGCAGAGGAUGAAAAAGAGGUGGAGGAACUGAAAAAGCAAGGCAUCAACCCUCUUCCAAAACCUCCCCCUGGUGUUGGUCUUCUCCCAACUCCUCCAAGAGCUAACCAAGCGGAUCCCUCCACGCCCAUAGACUUUGGAAUGCCUGGACCCCCACAUGGUAAUAUGCCGCCCAGUGGUCCACCAGGUCCAGGCCCAGGUGCCGGCCCUGUUCCUGGAGUUGGGCCCUGCCUAGGCCCUCCUCCCCCCUGCCCUGAUGGAAACACCUUCCAAGGGCCACCAAACCCCAAUGGUCCUCCUCCACCACCUAUUGGUGCACCGCCUGCUUGUGGGGGAAAUGCUGGGAAGAAGAUCCCCUCUUUGUUUGAAAUUGUAGUGAAGCCCACAGGACAGCUUGCACAAAAGCUGGGUGUCAGAGGACCAGGUCCUGGUACUGCUGCUGCAGGUGCUGCAGGACCUCAGGGCCCUCCUGCAGGUCCCCCAGGUGUGCCUCCACCUCGGUUCCCUGGUGCACCACCACCAGGACACAUGGGUCCAGGCUUUCCUCAUGAUAUGCCUCCUAUGGGUCCAUCUAACAUGAAUCAGGGCCCUCCAUCAAUGACAGGACUGCCAAUGAACUAUGGCCAGGGAGAAGGACCAGCAAACCAGGGAAUGAUGUCUCCAGGGGGUGGAUCAUCUGGUACCAACUUUUAUGAAAACUUCUACCAGCAACAGCAAGCCAUGGUGAUAGAUGGAGGUGGAAGAGAUGGUGACAACUUUCAAGGAGUAGGUGGUGGGAACUUCAAUGAUCAGUCUUCUGGGACCCAGAGCUCUGGUAGUGUAGAGGGUCCAGCUAAUGUAUGCCUGUCCAAUCAGUCUGGGAUUGCAGUGCCAGAUUUCCUUCCCCCAGCACAGCGUGUUCUGUUUAUGAGACUCCAACAGAAACAGCAGGAGGAUGAGGAGAGAGCCAGAAGACUGGCUGAAGGAGGGGGAACUGAGAGGGAGAAUGAAGGAGAUUCAGCAAACUGGUAUUCCAGUGAAGAUGAGGAUGGUGGUGGCAGUGUCACUUCCAUUCUCAAAACUUUACGGCAGCAAACCCAAACUCAAGGCCCCCCCAAACCAGACGUAGCUCCUAGUGACCCUCGUCUGCAAAAGUCUCAGCCUGCACAGGCACCCAGCCGACCAGCGGACCCCCGGCUGGCACGAGACCCCCGUCUUUCCCGAAACACAGACUCUUCUCAGGCAUCUGAGGCCAAUGCUUCAUCCCUCUCCCCUUCAACUCCUUCAGACCCCCGUCUUGCCCGGCAUGCAGCCCUACAUCCUCCUAAACCUGAGCCCCCACUUGUAUACAUACCCCCGCCCCUGACUGCCCCAGCCAGCAAUGAGGAAGAGGAGGGUGAGAGGAUGCUAAGGGACAAGCCUGUGCCCAUCCCUCUGGACCCUUUAAUGGGCAUGGCUUUGCGUGAUCCCCGCUCCCAACUACAGCAGUUCAGCCACAUCAAAAAGGAUGUGGUCCUAAACAAGCCUUCUUUUUCUAAGGCCGUGCUGUGGAGUCCUGAAGACCUCAUCCCUAUCCCCAUUCCCAAACAGGACUUGCUCCCACUGCCUCCUGGCAUCCCUCCAGUUACUGCCAUGGACUCCCGGCUGUCUCGCACCCCGUCCCAGCACCACUCAACCCUGCCCUCUACGCUACCGCCUUCUGCUCCCGCUCCUGAGCAGUCUAAUCAAUCCUCCUCAUCCCUCCCGGACUUUGAGCUCCUCUCUCGCAUCCUCAAAACUGUCAACGCCACUUCAUCCAGCCCUGCUCAAGGUGCUUCUACAGGAAUCUCCUCACCUCCGUCCGUCUCUGCUGAGAAGCCCAUUGACCCCCGUAUGGCACGAAAAGCCCCUGCUGACCCUCGGCUCCAGCCUCAGAAAUCUGCCCUCAAGUCCACCUCAGAGCCACCUGCCCCUCAAGUCUCGCCCCCUGCUGCCUCCUUAUCUCCAUCCUCCUCCCCCACCAUUGCACCCUAUGACCCUCGGCUGUUGUCAGCAGGAGGGUCAGUUCGAGGUGUUGGUAGUGGGGGUGCAGUUAGUGGCAGUGGCAGCAGCGUAUUGAGUGGCAUUAGUCUGUAUGACCCACGGACUCAGGGCUCAGAAAAGGCAGAAGGUUCGGGGGCCACUAGAAACACUAGUCCUCCCCCUGAGCCCAAGUCAAGUGAAAGUACAGUGGCUUCAGCUAAACCCAAGUCUAAAGAGCCACUGUUUGUACGCAAGUCGGCACUGGACCAGCCGGAACCCGAGAAGAACACAACAGAGCAGACUACAGACCGCUACAACAGCUACAACCGCCCUCGACCCAAACCUACGCCCUCACCCAAUUCAGGGGCUGCAGCUGGGGCCCCUGCUACAGGUGGUCCAUCCACAACUGGUCAAGGCCCUGCUGGUGCUGCAGAGCAGCCGCCAGGGGUCCACAACCUGCCUGUGUCCACACUGUUCACUAUGGUAAAGCAGGCCAGCAAACCCAGCGGCACUGGGAGCCCGUUUGGUGGCAACAGCCCCGCUCAGCCUGACAUGACUGAACAGGACAAUGCAUCUCUAAAAGAAGUUUUCAAAGGCUUUGACCCCACAGCCUCACCAUUUUGCCAGUGAACUCUGCUCUUUUGCUGUGUCGUUGUGAAGCGCUUUAUGACUGUAUUGUGCGGUCUCACAUAUAUCUGACAUGCAAAGAUAUCCACCCCUGCCAGGUCACAUACCACACCACAGUAUUUCCAUAUAGAUUUCUAUUGGGACAGUUGGGAUUGGGAUAGAUUAUGUCUGUACUCUAAUGAUAAGGGGAGAUGAAAACUAAAUGUCUAUUUUAAAACCAAAUGAAAAAUGUUUAAAUAAAUUUUCAUUUUAAAGACCUCUGUGGAUAUGUACAUCAAGACACAAUGACGUACGUACGUUUUGGCGUUAUGAAAGACAAACAUUUUCAUCAGCCUAUACCAAACAGGUUUUUUGGAUUAUGACCCAUUAACUCCACCCAUUAUCCUGCUUGAGUUCAACCAAAAGUGUGGCCAGUGUAAUUGAUAGGUGACUUCUACAUUGUUCCACCUGAUCAGCAUGGCAGCAGGGAGAAUUAAUUCACUGCCACUCCCUCUGCCUCCUGCAGUGGAUCUGAUCUAAAGGCUAGAGUAUACUUUGUUUUUCCGUGUGCCGUUAAGUCUUGCGCCGGCCUUGAAUUCUUGCCUUUUGCAGUAUACUGCGUUGACCACGAGCCCAAUUGGAUGUAUUCAACGAAUAUGCACUACAACUGCUUCAUAAUACUCUUCAGUGCUGUCCGACAGUCCGUGUGGAUGAUGAAAUUUACACCAUGGACACUUUGCGCAAGACAUAGCAACAUGCAAUCAACCAAAGUAUACUUUGGCUUUAAGUCAUGUAGUUGCUCACCAGCACUUUUCAUUUGCUCCUCACCAGUGAUUUAGAUCCUUUUAAGAAAUUUUAGCUCUCAGUUUUCUCCCUCUGCUUAGACUAGUUAACUCUUUUUUUUUUUCAUGUCUGUUUGCCCUCGUAUUCCUAAUGUUUCAAAUUUGUUUAGUCUGUUCAUUCCACUCCACUUAACAAAAUUGUUCAUCCGAGACCCCUCAUUGUUAGUGUUUGUGUCACAUAUGAUAUCAUUUUAAUUUAUUUUUUUAUACUUAAGCAGUCUGCUCUUUUUCGUUGUAAUGUGGCUGUCAAAUUGAACCGUUUUAUGAAUGUAUAUAUAUAAAUAUAAAUAUAUAUACAUAAGUGUAUAGUGCAUAUUCUUCCCAUCUGGUUUGUAAAUUAACUUAGAUUGUGCAACAGCUGAUGGAAAAUAUAUCAUGUCAUUCUUCUGUUCUCUCACAGGAAGAAUCUAGCUUGUUCACUCUUUCACUGAAACAGGUGGUAUGUCUCAAGGAUUGGUCGGAAGUAUCGUUUUUUGUUUCUUUGGGUUGCCUCUCUGCAAAAUGACGGCUUUGUAUAUUGAAAAGUGUCCAGAUUUGACAAAAGGUAACAUUUCGUAACCAUUCAUUGUAGGUGAAGUUGUGAAGUAUUUAAUAAAGGCAAUACCAGAUUGAAAAUGACCGGGGACUCAAAGGGUGAAUCGAUAUCUUUGGUGUAUCAUGAUUUUUUUCUUCCAUCUGUCUGUGUGUGAGUGCGGUGUUAGUCAUUUCCUCUACAUUCCAGGUCUUGGUCCCAACUAACCCAUAAAUUAAAAUACAAUAGUUAUGAACUUUAAUAAAAAUCACAAGGAGAACUUUACUCUUUCUGUGUUGGAUGGUUUAUAAAGGGAUUUAAAUAUAAUAGCUGCUAGAUGCAGUGUUGGUUAUAUACGUAUACCUUAAUUAACACAAAACUUUGUCCCUACUACUGCCUGAGAAAUGUCUGUAGUAGUGUUGAAAUAGUGUCCUUUUGUUUAUCAUUACUGAGUCAUUUGCCACAAGGUUGACCACCCUAAAAUGAGAAACCACAGAAAAAGAUUGUAUUUGACUGCUUUACAUUUAGUCUGUUAUAAACCUGUUUCUACACAGAGUACUGCCACACUGCUGUUUUUUUAUGACUGGAGUUGCAACCUGUGUUGAUUUUCUUUGGCAGGGGAAACUGGCCUUGAUUAAACAGAGACUAAAUUUG